CGCACUCGGUAUGACCUACUCGCAAAUUGACAGCUAUCAAGGCAGCGACUUUCUCUCUGGCUUCAUACACCAGGCCAUCGCAGAUCCUACCUAUGGCCGAGUAACUGUGUCGACCAGGCGACUGCGCUCGCGCAGAACCUGACUAACCCCUCCGGCGACACGCUCAUUCUCCGAGCGGACGACACGACCCGUGUUCAGUGCUAGUGUCGGGCAGCGCUCCUAAUAAGGCAUUGUGAAGCUAACGACUGUGGUGCGUGUGAUGGAACAUUCGGCACAUGCCUGAGGGCUGCGGGACUUGGCCAGCCUCGAUGUGGGAGGUUGGCCAGGAUUGGCCAAACCAAGGAGAGAUCGGCAUUCUUGAGGGCGUCAACGACGACGGGACUGACCAGGCCACACUCCACACGGGCUCCAACUGCACGGUUGGAGGAACGCGCACCAUGGCUGGGACCUCGACCGACGACAACUGCGAAGUCAAUGCGACGGGCAACAGCGGCUGCGGCGUGAAGAUCAACGACGCAUCCUCAUACGGCCCAACGUUCAACGCGGCGGGGGGCGGCUUCUGCGCGAUGGAGCUGUCCGACGCGGGCGUGAAGGUCUGGCUCUGGUCGCGGAACAGCGGGUCGAUCCCGAGUGACGUGCUGGGCGGCGCGACGAGCGUCGAGACGGACAACUGGGGGACGCCGUUAGCGGACUGCGGACUUCCCAAAAACAUCGUGCGACAUGACGUCGCACUUUGGGCCGCAUAAUAUCGUGAUCAAAUUGACUUUCCAUAGGCGGGGAUUUGGCUGGCGCGGUGUUUGCGGCUGCUGCCCGGGAGUCUUACGACUACGUAUAACUUCC